CUCAAGCUCUCCCUUCAGCAUCUUGACAUCAUCAUAUCACAAAUCACGAACCUUACCGGAUAAACCACUCGAUUCCUGCCCGUGAACAAAUCUCCAAAAACCGCAAUCAUGUCGUCAAUGUUUGGAUUCGGACGCCCACAGCCAUCUUCUGCUGAGAAGAUCGCAGCAGCAGAGCAAGAAAUGGACCUUGUCACCGACAUGUUCAACAAGUAAGCUACAUUCUUCUAGAACCGAGAACCGAAAGAACAUGUUUCUAACCAAAUGCGCAGACUCCAACAAGCCUGCAUGAAGAAAUGUGUACCAAGAGACUACCGCGAGGGCGACCUCCACAAGGGCGAGGCUGUCUGCAUCGACCGAUGCGCCUCCAAAUUCUUCGACGUCCAGAUGAAGAUCUCAGAAUUAUUACAAGCUGAAGCACAAGCAAAGGGCGGAGCUACUGGUGGGGGUUUUGGUCUUGGUGGUUUAUAAAAGAAUGGAUGGAUGUUAUCGAUUUGGAAGACUUCGCAAUGUGUAUUAUGGAUGGAUGAGGAGUACAAUGGGCAUCGCAGCAUCGACAAGAAAGUCUUGCGCUGGGAUAUUUUAUCAGUCACCCCGUGUAUCUGGCUGGAUAUUUGGUAAUGAACACGCAUGUCGGGAUGGUUGUAUACUAGGCGAAGGCGGAAGAACGAACGGCGUCAUCAUCCACUCUGAAUUGAUCCGAGCAUUCGGGAUUUUUACACGUAUUCGUGCAUUUUUGGUGUGUGCGGAAUUUUCAUCUACUAGUUGUUACAUGAGUGGCAAUUUGUGGUCUUGGUCAAACGCGCCCUCAACGCUAACAAGUACUGCUUAUCACUAGACGCAGGGUUUGACUCCUCAACCACGAAGCAAUUUUCCCCUGGCAACAAGUGUGGUUGAAAACCACCGGGCAUUGAGCGAUAAAGGAUAUCUCGUUCUCCUGUCUGCAUUCUAUUAAUACACUUGCCAAAACGACAAUAUUUAAUGGUACUCAUACCAAUCAACCUAAUCCAAGAUGCAGUCCCAAAGGCAACAAGAAAUAUCAAACUCUGUUUUAUCUUCCUCCUGUUAUCAGAUACCUAACCAAUAGAUAUCUUUCAACGAGCACGAUAGAUCAAGAACAUAACCCUAAAAACUAAAUUUUGGCCCCAAAGACGGAGCAGAAACGAGUCCAAAUUGCGGGGGAAAACAAAAUCGGCAGCUGUUAUUUAGACCCACAUUCAAAGAAACAGCUCAGAAUAUAGUGG